AUGACAGAAUGGUUUGAUGCAUACAUCAGUUUCUUUUACAACUAUGUCGUGACAGACCAUGGGGCAUGUGUAAGAACAUGCAGCCCUGGCACCUAUGAAGUGGAUGAGGGUGGAGUUCGGAAAUGUAAGAAGUGUGAUGGCCUGUGUCCAAAAGUUUGCAAUGGGCUGGAAAUGGGGCCUCUGGCCAAUGUCCUGUCAAUCAAUGCCAGCAACAUUGAUUCCUUUGAGAACUGCACAAAAAUCAGCGGAGGUGUUGCAAUUCUCACCACAACAUUUAAUGGUGACCUGCAUACUGAAACUCCAAGACUGGACCCGGCCAAGCUCAAUGUAUUUAAAACUGUAAAAGAAAUCACUGGCUACCUGGUGAUUCAGCAGUGGCCAAAAGACAUGCCGUCCCUCAGUGCCUUUGAAAACCUUGAGGUCAUCCGUGGACGUACAAAAAAGCAAGGUGCAUUCAGCUUUGCUGUCACCCAAACUGAAAUCACAUAUUUUGGCCUGCGUUCUCUGAGGGAGAUCAGUGACGGUGAUGUGGUCAUCUCUCAGAAUAAGCAUCUCUGCUACACCAGCCCUGGCCACUGGAAACACCUCUUCAAAUCUAAACAACAGAUUGUCAAAAUGUCAUUAAAUGCUGAUGCUGCCACCUGUGCGAAUCAGAACAGCACAUGUGAUGAGAUGUGCACAAAUGAUGGCUGCUGGGGUCCUGGUCCCACUAUGUGCUUCACCUGUAAGCAUUACACCCGUAAAAAACACUGUGUGGCUUCCUGCAACCUGCUGGCUGGUGAGCCACGUGAAUAUGAGGUCAAUCAAACGUGUGUCGAAUGUGAUCCUGAAUGUCUGCUCAUGAAUGAAACCCUGACCUGCACCGGCCCUGGACCCGACAAAUGUACUGUUUGUGCAAACUACAAAGAUGGCCCGCACUGUGUGCCGCGCUGCCCGCAAGGCAUACCGGGAGAGAAAGACAUACUCAUUUGGAAAUACGCUGACAGGAUGCGAGUGUGCCAGCCCUGUCAUGAGAACUGCACCCAGGGAUGUACUGGGCCUGAUCUGAAAGACUGCAAAGAUUUCAAAGGUUCGGCUUUGCCCAUGAUUGCCGCUGGUGUGGUUGGAAGUCUGCUGGCGUUUGUUAUCUUGGGUCUAGGAGUUGCUGUUCUACUGCGCAGACGGCACAUCAAAAGGAAGAGAACCCUACGACGACUCCUGCAAGAAAGAGAGCUAGUGGAGCCUCUGACCCCCAGUGGCGAAGCCCCCAACCAGGCCUUGCUGCGCAUCCUCAAAGAGACGGAGUUCAAGAAGAUCAAAGUGCUUGGGUCCGGAGCUUUCGGCACUGUGUAUAAGGGCUUGUGGGUUCCAGAGGGAGAGAGUGUGAAGAUCCCCGUCGCCAUUAAGGUCUUACGAGAAGCCACGUCUCCCAAAGCAAACACGGAGAUCUUGGAUGAGGCCUAUGUGAUGGCGAGCGUUGAGCAUCCUCACGUGUGUCGUCUGCUCGGCAUCUGCUUGACCUCCACAAUCCAACUUAUCACCCAGUUGAUGCCCUACGGCUGUUUGCUGGACUACGUCAGAGAAAAUAAGGACAACAUUGGCUCUCAACACCUGCUCAACUGGUGUGUGCAGAUUGCUAAGCUGCAUAUUGAAGUAUUGCAGUGUUGGAUGAUUGAUGCAGAGAGCAGACCUCGCUUCAGGGAGCUCAUCGCGGAGUUUACUAAAAUGGCACGUGACCCGUCCCGCUAUCUCGUCAUUCAGGGUGAUGAUCGGAUGCAUUUACCCAGUCCUUCUGACUCCAAGUUCUACCGCAGUCUGAUGAGCGGAGAGCUGGACGAAGCCGUGGAUGCAGAUGAGUAUUUAGUGCCCAAUCACAGCUUCUUCAGCAGCCCCAGCACCUCCCGGACGCGGCUGCUGCACUCUGUGUUUCAGAGUCUCAACAGCAGCAUUGGGAACCAUCAUAGCAGAAACGGGAAUGGUUUCCCAGGAAGGGAGAACAGCUUGGUUCUGCGUUAUAUCGCAGACCCGACAGAACGCUUCCACGAGGGAGACUUCCAACCCGCUCCAGGUUGGAAUGAAUAUAUCAACCAGAAUGAAUCAUUGAUGUCCAGCAUGACCAACCCAAUAUGCCAACACCCUGGACCCCCUCGCACACUUCCGCACUCUUCAUCAGCGCUGGAUGAAACUGAGGAAGAAUACCUGAACUGCUUUAAGAGCCCUGCUGCUGCCUCCCCACCCGAGUAUCUGAACAUGUCCCACAUGCAGCUCCUCUCCAGCCAGCCAUUCUUCAGCGUUCAGGGCUUCAACCCCCAGAGCAGCAUGGACAACCCUGACUACCAGCAGGACUUCUGCCCCCUGGAGCUCAAAACCAAUGGCCACUUACCGGCUGCAGAAAACGCAGAAUACAUGGGGCUGGAAGUGCACUAGCACAUUACGGAGAAGAGCAACUGUUAAAAUUAGCCAUUUUACAGUUGGUAAAAGAUGGAAGGACAUCUAUUUAUAGCGGAUACACAGGCAAACAUUUUGCAGAGUUGUCAGACUGCCGCCAAUGACAGAACGAGCUUUUCAUAACCUGGGCUAAACUGGGUUGGAUUGAACAACUAUGGCUCUCUCCAAAUGUCACAAGAGACUAUGAAUGACAACAGGAUAUUAAUCCAACGUCGAUGCCAGUAGAAAUAUGCUGGUGUGCUGAAAUGGCAUAUCAUGAAACAAGCUCGUCGACACGCAUGUAAAGACUGCUUUCUAAGAGAUCUGGUUGCGGUCGAGUUAAAGGAAUAGUUCACCCCAAAAUGAAAAUGCUGUCAUCAUUUACUCAUCCUCAUGU